GCUCUUUGUACCUCCCCAAAAUCCAGCGGCGUGUCAUGGAGAUUUGUUAGCGGGUGGGGAGGACCAGAAUCGGGCAACGAUUGACCCUGUUUAACUUAACUGGCGGUACAUCGGGGCUGGGGGGUCGCCCUGACGAGUUUUAAACGUGUAGAUCGCCUCAUAUUUUGCCCAUUGAUCGACUGGUCUUCCAAUGUCGGAUUUCAAGCUUGGGAUUGUUCGACUUGGCCGUGUGGCCGGGAAGACAAAGUACACACUGAUCGAUGAACAGGACAUACCAUUGGUGGAGAACUAUGCCUUCGAGGCACGCAUGGAUGUCGAUGCAGACGGCAAUGGGGCAAAGAUCUUUGCUUAUGCCUUCGACAUUGGCAAAGGGCGCUGGGCUGGCAGGCCACUGCACGAGCUGCUCUGGGAGAAGCACAGAGGAGGCAUAGCUCCCAGCUUCCAAGUUGUCCACAUCAACUCUGUCACAGUGGAUAACCGUCUGGACAACCUGCGACUGGUCCCCCUGGGCUGGAGCCCCAAACCAGAGGAAAUCUCCAGCAAACAAAGAGAGCAGUCUCUGUACUGGCUGGCCAUCCAGCAGGUACCAGCUGACCCCGUAGAGGAGCAGUACCUGGAGCUCAGUCGUACCCGCUACUACAACGCUAACGGAGAGCUGGUGGAGGAGGAGGAGUGCUCCUGUACUUACUACGAGUGUCACUACCCACCCUGCUCGCUCAUCGAGAGGAGACUUAGAGAGUUCAACAUCUGUGGUCGCUGUCAGGUGGCUCGCUACUGUGGCUCUCAAUGCCAGCAAAGGGACUGGCCCGCCCACAAGAAGCAGUGCCGCGAGCGCAAAAGAGUCCUGGCCCUGGAGUCUGAACCAGAGCGAUGAUCUCUGGAUCAACUACCAGGAUAGGGGAAGAUUGGGAAUGAAGUGCAAAGAAAAAAAAUCUGCCAACAGAGAAUGAUGAGAGGACAAUGUUGGUUGGUAGGGUUUAAAAAAAAAAAAAUCCAUAUACUUUCUUUAUAUGUCAAUGGGGAUGGUGGGGAAGUGUAUAUAUCAUUAUUUUCGGAGAGGGAGAUCCUCCUCGAGCUCUACCUGCUGCUAUGGAUUUGUAUGUUUGAGUAAGAUGAUGUCACAGGGAUAAAUUGCUUCUUUUGGACAGCAAUUGAUUAUCGACAGUUGUCGUCAUCAGCUUUCUCCUUCCUGCCACCCACCAACCUGUAAUGCUGUGUACAGGGAUCUAGGGAGGACAGUACCUGCUGCUCACCUGGUACAAUGGGACAUGGACCUUUUCACUGUACUACUUGUUGGACCUCUGCUGCACACACUCAGUCAUCUCCUUGUUAUGCUCUAAGACCAACAUACAGCAGAUAGAUUUACUUUGCUGUUUCGCACUAGCAGUGUUGUGUGUGUGCUGCCAUUUUGGAUUGACGGACAUGGAUGAAGUGCUGAACAUUGGGGGGAAGGGUGUUUUGUUCUGUGUGUGUGUGUGUGUAUGUAUGUGUAUAUAUAUAUAUAUAUAUAUAUAUAAGUGUCCCUCUUUGUUGGGAGGUUUGUGAAGGGGUCAUCAACUUUGGGCUUGAUCAGGCAUUUACUUUCCUGUGUUAAACAUCCCUGAAUGAAUCUGCGAUUGGUCGGUUGCCUUUCCAGAUGCCCACAAACACAGUCCCUGUCACUAAUGUUCAAGGGAUAUACUGGGGAAAAACUUGGGAAACCCAGGUUGGCCUUUGGACAGUUCGGGUCUUGGGAUUGUAUGAAAUGGCCCGAAUUCAAUUCCAUAGUUUUUUUUUUACACGUCAGUCAUCAGAGAUAUUUGUUCUAUGCCCAAUGAUCACUCCCUAAGAGUGAUGGGUGAACACCUGCUCAAAGUUUGUCUUCCUGUUGUGUCUUAGGUGGCGAUGAGGAAUCCUGACACGCUCACAGAUAAUGCAUGUACCAAGCAGAUUGACAUAAUACAUGCAGCGCACAUUGGUAGUUUAUGUGGACUGGUUCAUAACACUGUGCACUGAAUAGUUUUAACACACCCCACCGUUACCUUUUUCAUAGAGAUGGGGGGAGUUUAGAGGUAGGGAGAGUUGACUGUUGGGUGUAAAAAAUUAUUAUACUUUUUUUUUUACAGAAUGAAAGCAUUAAUCACAGAGUAAAAAGCUACAGUAUCUGAAGAGGAGUACAGUUGGGGAUAACUAGCUAUCUCGUUUCACUGUAAAAUGAUCAAAUAAAAGAAUAAAAUGUU